AUGUCAACACGCCGAAAAUAUCUCAUACCCCUACAAAUUAUUGAAACUCUCGAGAAUUCUUUAGACUCAGAUAUGGAAGAUAUUGAAAUAGAACAUGAGUGGGAUAUAAAGGAAGUAGGUGACGCCAGCAAAGUAAUAGAAGAAGAUGAGAACUCCAAUUCAGAUGAUAAUAUUGGUUAUCAUCGUCCACGGAAAUCGACCCAAAUUAUAGAAAGCGACUGCAGCAGUAAUGAUCCUACCAGCUCUAUACAAGCCUCAUCAACACAACCCAUAUCACGUAGAACUUUGUGGCAUUCUAACAAGGAUAACGAAUUUAAUGACAACAUAUCAGUUUUCUCAGGUGUUCAUGAGAUAAAGAUCAGUGGUAGAACUCCAUACUCCUAUUUUAUCCAAAUCUUUUCAGAAGACAUUUUCAACCAUAUUGCUGAAGAAACUAUUCGCUAUGCUGUACAAUACGGCAAAGAUAUAUUCAAUAUCAGCAUUUCUGAAAUGAAGCAGUUCUUCGGUAUAAACAUUGUAAUGACAUAUAUAAGUUACCCAAAUUAUCGAUUAUACUGGUCUUCAAAUCCUUCGCUACGACUUGGAAUUAUAGCUGAUGCUAUGCCAAUAAAACGCUUCGAGGAAAUCAAAAGAUUCUUACAUUACAAUCACGAAAUACAGAAGGAAUGCAACGAUAUAUUUAUCAAAAUUCGUCCCCUGCUAAAUAUGUUAUCAAAAACAAUUCGUUAUAAUUAUUCUGAUUUUUAUGCGUUCAUGCGUAUGUCUCUCGAGUGUGGCUGCUUCCGAUUGGUCGGUCUCUGA